UCCUUCUCGUGACCGAGCGUGCGAGCACACGCCGUUCUUCGUUGCGCGUGGAAUCCAAAUCUCUCCCCCUCAUGUAAAUCGCGUUUUAUUCCCCAAACGAUGUACUGCUGCUCGUAACGGUAACGAAUGCUGCUCGCCCGAGCGGAAGAUGCUCUGCGUAAAACACAGCAGGAGGCACGGCGUCUCGUUGCUGUUCAAUCUCAUCCCGAGGGCUCUCUAUUCGCGUCGCAGCGACAGGAGCACGAGUUCCUACAAGAUCGCCAAGUCCAAUGGCGACACCCUGGACGAUAUUGACAACAGCGUUUUGGGGGUCAACUCCAACUGGGAGUUGUUAACGCCAAGAGGCUUUAGAUUCUAUCUUCCUGGGAGCGUAGGACCCGCUUGGUUAGAUUCCACAACCACUGCCCAAGUUAAGACUCAAAUCGUCAAGUUGUACGACGAUGAGGAGUUUAUGGAACCGUUGAACAAUAAAGAUAGGUAUCAAAAUGAUGUAGAAAAUUGGAGAGCCAUACGGCCGACGUUGGACUGCGUGGCACAGGAAUGUCCUAUUCUUCUGCGAAAAAGCAUAGAGGAACUAUUCCCGGGAUGCUUAGACGUGACUAUGUCACACCUCACUAUUAUAACUAUUAGUCAGAAGGCAAAUAUCAAGUCGAUGAAAUGGCGUAAAGAAGCGGAAACAGAGAAACUUGCCAAAUAUUUUGUUCUAGCAGCCUCCGACAUAUGUACAAAGCUCAAAAUGAUCGGUUACUGGGCAGACUUUAUUAAUCCCUUUAGUGGACAACCCUACUUAAGUCCACGGAAGGGCGCCAAUCUAUAUGAGACCGACGAACGAUUUCGCUGCGUAGGAUUUAAAGUACAACAGAGAAAUAAUUGCAGAAUUAUUGUGUCUGAUAAUAGUCUACAAAAUUUUAUUGGAAGUCUUUACACUACAGCGCCAGCAAGCACAGAGUUUUUAAAACAAAUAAUAAACGUUGAUAACGAGGAUCAAUAAAUAUGUGUAUAUACAAGGAAGAGUGUGUAGUUCACUUAUAUGACAAUUAUAAACAGUUUUCUAUUAUUGAAGUUUUAAAAAGUCUCUGGUCGCAUUUGUGACCAAUUGAGGUGUUUGAUUAUAAGGCGAACGUGACUCGCCAAAUUUGACUUCGUAUUACGAUGACUAUAUAUUGAUACAUCCUCAAUAAAAUGCCGACGGAGUGCGCUUUAUGUCUUCUAAGUCUCAUAAACUAACAAAUGUUUAUCUAGUGAAGAAAAGUCAAUAUACAUUACGUUGUUAUUAAAUAAAUUAUAGAUUUCAGACCUCUUA